AUUUUGAACAAUGUCGCAGUCGCAGCAUCCUAAAACCCCGAAAGCCGGCAUCUGAAGAGUGAAGAAGAAGAAGGAGGAGGAAGAAAGAAGAGAAAGAGAUGUCAUCGUGGAGAUUGAUCCUCGCAAGAAAUGCUGCUGCACGCAACUGCAUCAUUGCGUCGCGAAUCCCUAACUUCCCUCUCUCGCAAUCUUGCAUACCCAACCAACCUCCAUUAAAGCCCCAACCAACUCCUCCCUCCUCCACCGCCUCUCCCCGUUCCGUUUCCCGUUUCUUCCUUCCCAAUGACUUCCGUUUCUUCUCUCCUAAAACAGACAUCACCUUCGACGACGACCCUCCGCAAAACGACGCCGUUCCGCUCUGGAAUGAGACUGAACCACAAGAAGCCGCAUUAGACGAAGGAGAAGGACAACUAGAAAUAGAAGAAGAGAUUCACGAGAUCAACGACGAGAGAUUAGAAUCCCUGCGGGUUCUUCUACAAAGUAAUGACGACAGGUCGUUUGAGUCAUCUCUUAACGACAUGUGUUUAACUCUGGAUCAUAACUCCGUCGCCAGAAUAAUUGAAAUCCCGUCCGUUUCGGGCGAGAAUCUCGUUAGGUUUUUUAACUGGGCCCGGAACGACAAGUCGUUUAAGGUAUCCCCCUCUGUGUUGGAAACAGUGGUGUCAAAGGUGUGCCAAGGUAUGAAGAAGAAAGAGAUAUACUCUCUGUGGGAUUUGGUUCGGCAUAUUGGUGAGGAAGAGAAGGGUGUGCUGAACGUAGGGAUUCUCAACGAGUUGAUAUCUUCGCUGUCGAAAUUGGGGAAAGGAAAGGCUGCACUCGAGGUCUUUGAUAAAUUGGAGGAUUUCGAAAUUGUGCCGAAUGCUGACAGUUAUUACUUCACGGUCGAAGCUCUUUGCCGGCGGAAAGCUUUCGAUUUGGCUUGGUCCGUGUGUCGAAAGAUGAUUGAUUCACAGAUGGUGCUGGAAGAUGUAGAGAAAAUUGGUAGCAUGGUGUCUUGGUUUUGUAAGGGGAAAAUGGCCAGAGAAGCACAUGAAGUGUAUAUGGCAAUGGAAGAGAAAAGGAAGCAGUUACCUUUGUCUUGUAUUAGCUUCUUGGUUGCCAAAUUGUGUCAAGAGAAUGAGACUGUUGGAUUGGCUUUGAAGGUGUUGGCGGAUAUACAAGGAGAGAGGAGGCACCGUGCGAUAAAGCCUUUUUCCGCAGUGGUUAGAGCUUUGUGUAGGAUUAAGGAUCUCGAUGCAGCAAAGAAGUUGGUUUUGGAAAUUAUUGCAGAUGGUCCACCUCCUGGAAAUGCUGUUUUCAACUUUGUGAUUACUGGAUAUUGCAAAGUUGGGGAAAUGGGACAAGCUAUGGAGAUGAUGAAGCUCUUGGAGAGUAGGGGUUUGAAGCCGGAUCUGUACGCUUAUGCUGUUCUUAUGAGUGGCUAUUCAAAUGGUGGUGAGAUGGAAGAAUCUAGGAAAAUAUUGGAAGAGGCUAAAAAGAAGCAUCCUAAGUUAACCCCUGUGAUGUAUCACACACUAGUUCGUGGAUAUUGUAAGUUGGAACAGUUUGAUAAGGCUUUGGAGUUGUUGACUGAGAUGAAGGAUUUUGGCAUUCGCCCUAGUGCAGAUGAAUACGAGAAGCUGAUCCAGUCGCUAUGUUUGAAGGCUUUGGAUUGGGAAAUGGCGGAAAAACUACAGGAGGAAAUGAAAGAGAAUGGGUUGCAUCUCAAGGGUAUCACUAGGGCCUUGAUUAGGGCCGUCAAGGAGAUGGAAAAAGAAGUUUUGGAGGCUGGAAACUCUGGUUCAGCAGCAUAAUCAUUGGCGCUUUUUUGAGGUUGCAAUCUCUAUGCAAAAAAACAAUUCAGAGCAUAAAAGUUCAGAAGUAAUGGUUGGUAGUGAA